GGUCCCCGCCACGUGCUUCCGGCUGCUUGCGUCAUCUCAGUGCGCCGCGCGCGGGCCGUGCCGCCGCCAUGGUGCAGCUCGGGAGCCGCCUCCUGAGGGGUUACCGCGGCGGCCACGUCGUCAUCCGCUUCGCCCUCGGGGGCUGCGCCAACCGGCCCUUCUUCCGACUCGUGGCGGCUCACAGUAAGCGCGCCCGCGACGGCAAGUACCUGGAGCAGCUCGGCUGCCUGGACCCGCUGCCCAACACGCACGGCGAGAAGGUGGCGGGGCUCAACCUGGAGCGGCUGCGCUACUGGCUGGGCUGCGGCGCGCAGCUGUCCCCGCCCGCCGAGAAGCUGCUGGGGCUGGCCGGGUUCCUGCCGCUCCACCCCAUGACGGUGACCGGCGCCGAGAGGCUGCGSCGGAGACAACAGCUCGAGCAGCAGCCCGAGGCUGCCCCUGAGGAUGGUUCCAACGAGCCCGGGACGGACACUGCGCCCUGAGGCGCCCCGGGCGGGAGGCUCCCGAGCGGCUCCUGCCCUGUCAGUGCAUCUGACUCCAUUAAAGCGUUACCUCCACACUCYGCACGCUCCAUCUGCUGCUUUCUCCAGAUUCAUUCACUGUUGGCAGAUUUGGUGCACUGUGCUGCAGGUACAGAACCAUUCCCAGAGGCA